AAUACCUUCCACCACACACGAGAGUAUAGAUUCUACAUCUGCGAUUUCAUCCGGCCUGCUCCAUGCGGUGACAAUGAAAAUCAUGUUUCUGUCUAGAACGCAAACGACGGCCGUACUUCUAAUGGAGCAACCUCCACCUUGCCACUAGUUGCGCGGGAGCACUUCAUCUAAGCUCUCCCCCGAGGGUUGUCAUGCUGUAGCAAUCAUUCUUUUCUCUCUGACUGCGUGUAUCAGCAAUCAGCGGCUCGGCCAGGCGACAUUGAAGUACGGUUUUUCGCGCAAUUUAAGCCGAGAAAAAUAAGCGCGCGAACUGCUGAUCGCUGCGGCCGGCGGCGGCCACUAACAGCAUUGUGUAGGUAUAUCCCAAUAUAUGCUGUUACUUUAUAGCGUGCAAUACGGCGGCGGCGCUCGCGGUAGAUAGCACCAGAGUGUGUGCAGUGAAUAUCAACUAGAUCCGAUCCGAUUUGAUGCUAAGCUAUGGUCCGCGGAGGCUAGAGGAGUUCGUUUCUUCUACAGGUGCAAAGUUAUGUAGGCAUUUGGACGGUAUCACGACUCCGUCAGUCUUUAUCGAACUUCUGAACGGAUAACGUUCCUGCUGUAGGGAGCCUGGACCCACCCCCAAUCACAACCGUCACUUAUCUCGGUAAACGGAAGCCAAUACUAUCGCGGGUUUGUGCAAAAGGGUUAGCGUCAUGACCCCAUGGUAACAGUGUGUCACUUCCGUCGGGAAUUACCAAAAUGUUUACUUAAAUUUGUUCAGCAUCAAUAGUGAAGAAACGACGCCGGUCAAGCAUCUCAUGGGAAGUAAACUCAAAAAUGAGAAAAUUAUGACGUUGGUGAUAAUUGUUAGGGCAAUUUGAAAUACCCUUCGAGGAAUAAUAUUCCUCAUCAAUAAGUGAUCUAAACGAAUAGUCGGAACGGAAUGGAAAUAACCAUGUAUGUCAAUAUUGUGAUAAGUUUAUUGGGGCUGACUGUGGCAGCCUCAUCCGUGACAGCCAACGAGAAGCAACAGUGCAACAGAGUGGUGGACCAACAAAGUUCCCUAGAAUAUCCCGGAGUGGAAAGCAAGCAAACGAAACAGCAAAACAGUGAUUCAAGCAUCAAUGUGACCGAUGAAGUAAAGUGGAAUUCAGUGAUUAUGGGUAGCAACAAAACAGUGCCAAGGGGGAAUCUUAGUGACGUUGACGAAUUCAUGCUUCAUGGGAUGCAGAACAAAUUUUCUAAACGGAAGCGCGAAAUAAUAUUUAUGGAGGAUGAGGACAAACUGAAAAUUGGAGCAGAUGAAGCAGAUUUCGUCGCGGCGCUCGGGAAAAAGUAUUUCUCCAUACAUGCACCAUUCAAUCCAGCGUACAGUCAAAAGGUGUCACCGGAAUGCAAACGAGCCGCCAAACGAUACCUCACCUCGCUUCGGGCGAUGGAAAUGUGGGCCCUGCGGAUGCACGACUCCAGCGCAAAGCUGAAUUCCGGCAUUCUGAAUGGAAACGUAAACCAGUUCGGCGACUACGAUCAGUGUCUGAGGAUAAGCGGCGGCGAGAAAAACAACGCCGCCGACCAGCAGCAUCUACAGGGACAGUACUGUCUUGCCGCCAUCCAACCGACUGUCGUCUCCAAUGCUGUUUUCCUGCAGCACGUGCUCAGCUUGGCACAAUCGCGUGGAAUUCUCACCAGUCAGCUCGACGAUCCUGGCCAUCGAGUACCACGCUUCUCCACCAUCAACUGGGCUCUGUGCAUUCCGUCAGCAUGUUCGUCCGAAGAUGUUCGUAAAUCACUUGACGAGUAUCUACAUGAUCAAACCCAGGGCAUCGGCCUCAAGAUGGAGGUGAGCAUCGAACCAGAAUCAUGUCAGAAGAAAAAUACUAUUUGGGAACGCUACUACACGAACACCACAGCGAUAGUGUGGAUCGGAUUUAUCGUCUACUUUGGCGUUGUCGUCCUGUCGACGAUAUAUGAAUGCAAAUCAGAGACAAAAAAUGAGUGGCUAACGUCGUUUUCGUUGGUUCGUAAUACGAAGGCCAUUUUCUGUGUUAAGGAGGACCCCAACGACGUGGCAUGUGUUCAUGGUCUACGAUUCUUGAAUGCAUUUCUCCUGAUCGUAGCUCACAAAUCGAUGGCCCUGUUCUACAAUCCAUACAUUAACCGAACGAGAAUGAGCGAGGGCCUAGGUCAACCAUGGACUGUUAUUGGACGUGCUGCGUCGCUGUUCACCGAUCCGUUCAUCAUGUUCAGCGGGUUCUUGACGACAUACUCGUUGAUCGGUCGGCUCAUGCGGGGUCAACGCGUGAAACUGUACCAGGACUACAUCGGACGAAUCCUUCGGAUAGCUCCUCCCUUGGCAGCUCUGAUCUUGUUUUGUACCUUUGUUCUACCGUAUAUAAGCAGUGGACCACAAUGGAAUCUAGUCGUCUCCAACCAUGGCGAACUAUGCAAGAAGUACUGGUGGCGCAACUUAAUGUUCAUCCAUAACUACUUUGGAUUCAAAAAUAUGUGCCUGACGCAUACGCACCACAUCGGCAUCGAUACGGAGCUAUUUGCGGUGUCGCCAUUGUUCAUUUACUUGAUAUGGAAAUGGCCCAAGAAAGGCACGAUCACACUGAUCGUCAUUGCUCUGGUGACGACACUGCAUCGGUUCUACAUCACCUACAAGCUGCGGUUAGCCAACUACGUGCAUUUUGGCACAUCUGUUAAGCAGUUAUUCGACACAGCCGAUAACAUGUACAUUCUGCCGUACUAUCGUCUUACGGUAUACCUGAUGGGUGUGAUGCUUGGCUAUUCAUGUCGGGCAUUCAAGCACAUUCGACUAACGCCGAACCAACUGCGACUGGGAUGGUACGUCAGCAGUUUCCUCCUGGCGUUGGCAUUCUUCGGUCCCGCACCGAUGGGAUCGAUUCACUACGAGUACAACGCCUUCCACGCGGCGAACUAUGCCGCUUUCUCGCCGAUCGCGUGGUGCAUAUUCUUCUCGUGGGUUGUGUUCACCUCCCACCUAGGAUAUAAAAAUACACUGGUGAACCUGCUCUCGUGGAGGGGAUUCCGGGUGACAACGAAGAUGUCCUAUGCCGUCUAUCUGACGCAGUUUCCAAUCUUCUUCUAUCAAGUGGGAAGAGUGAGAAGUUCGCUAUAUUACGACUUUGUCAUCACAGUAUUGUGCGACUUCAACGAGUACGGUGUAAUCUUCCUGGCAUCCUACCUGUUGACGGUCCUGUUCGAGACGCCCUACAGCAACAUCAAACGGUUGCUGUUCGACAAACGCCGGGAAAAGCAGCCCGCGCCGAAGCUUCACGACAAACAAGGCCAGCUGGACACUGCCUUGAAUAGCAGCAAAUCGAUCAUCUAUUCGACCGAUCCGAUCGCCAAGGAGCUAAAGGAUAGAUGAAACUCCUACGGGGUAACUUCUAGGCGGAACUAAUGUUAAGCAAUAAAAAAAGACUUACAGUGAUAUUUAUA